AUGGCGUCCCGGAACGUUGGGGGAUCGCAGGGGCUUGGGAGGCAGAGCAUGAUGACGAGCGGGAGUGCGAUGAAGUCGAGACAGUUGACGCACCUUCACUCUCAGCUGGCCCAAUUAUCAGCCAAUCUAGCAGACACAGAAAAUUUGUUGCGAAUGACGAGCGUACAAGCGGAAGCGAUGAGAGGACUGGGCAGCUGGCACGGCGGCUUGUGA